AUGGACGAAAAUGACAAGUCCUUGCUCGCAGCCUCCCGGAAGGAUGAGCUUGAUACUCUCUUCGCCAGCCUGUCACCCUUUGACAUCCUCUACCUCAGAAAGAAAAUCUCAGAGACCACAAUCGUACUUGCUGGACUAGAGAAGCUACCUCCUGAGAUGGUGUGUGAGAUACUGAAGUAUUUCGACUUUGACGACUACCGUACUUGCCUCGCUGUGAGUAAGAGCUGGAAAGCCAAGUUUGGGCAAAGGGAGACGAUGGCUCAAGCACUCCAUAACUUCUUCCCUGGCCUCGUGCCCAUGAACCCCAAAGAUCACCCCCAAAAGCUCUUCUCGCUCGAGCUCAACAAGCACCUCAAGUGGAUGCAUCCUCACGAUAGCCGAACGUGGACUCCGUGGGAUCUGUCCACAAACCACUUCUUCUCCCGGCAGAGUGCAUCAGUCCAUUCCAAAGGUGUUCCGUGGCCCUUCCUGUACAACAAGGGAAGGCUGGUGUGGCAGCUGUCGACGCGGAUCAUCAUCGUUGAUGACAUACGCAAGGCGAAUCGGGAGAGAUUCAGCCCUCUUGCUAGUGCCAUGAGAGGUGGGCGAUUCCAGGCCGCUGCUAUAAGCGAUCAAUUCCUGAUCCUUCUCGACUUAGAGGCAGGACUGAACAAAAUCCAUGUCGCCAAGAUGGAUACCAGAGACUGGGUUGAGCUUACGCUCCCUACCGGUCUCGAUCACGCAUAUGUAGACUUGAGGAAGAUGUUCUUUGUUACUACAAAUGGACAAAUCUUUAGCUACAGCUGGCGUGAGACUCUUGAAAAAGUAGACCUGUCUGGAAUUGGACAUGCCUUUGGCCCCCAGCCAGGUUGCUAUGGCUUGGCGCAAGUCCUACCUCAUCCUCAGCACGAUAACGUUUUCUUCGCCGUCUGGGCGCUCUCCCACCCUGCUCGUGAUCCGAACCUCUGUACUCUGAAAGUGGUGAAGUUCAAGGACGGAAAGAUUGUCGCCACCAAGACCAAGUCAAUCCCCAACCCGCUGCAAAAACCCCAGCCGGGUUGCAACGAGGUCACCCGAGUGGCCAUCACCUUCUCCAGCCGCAAGUCUGACGACCACGGCACUUACACCCUGGCCACCUACCGCUUCCAGGGCAUCGAGAAGAGGAAGCUCGAGCUCUGCGACUGCUGUGACCCCAAGACCUUGAAGGGAGAUUGGAAUGUCAUAACCUUCAACCUCUUCACAGAGUCCUUCGCCAACCACGAAUUCCUCUCCGCAGACCCGGACCUCCGGUGGAACGGCCCUCGGGCUAUGCAGCAUCAUCGUAACGUCAAGAGACUUGCAGACGCCCAUUUCUGGAAGGGAGAUCUCGUCCUUGCGUCAUCCAUCACGUAUGAUGACCUAGGUCCUCAAAACCAACCGGAGUAUUAUACAGAAACUCACCUGGAGACUCUCCGACCCCUCGACAGACCGGCAGCGCCCGUGCCCCAAUGGAGACCUAUGAGACACGCAGACCCUGGACAAGUACUACGAACAAAGGUGUUUCAAGAUGACGACUUUCUCAUUGUGCCCAGUUUGGGUGGAGUGGCACUCUACAAGCCGGAGAAACAGGCGCCGAACGCAGGGACGCUCUUCGACCACACCCUGCCAUCUCAGGAACUGGUGCGGGAAAGUCUCCCGUUGAAGUUCCAGUUCUGGCAGAAUGCCAGGUUCAUUGAGCUGAAGCAUGAGGAUGAUCCGGUGGAGGAUGAUGAAGGCGGGGACGAUGAAGGCGGGGACGACGGGAAUUGA